UUGGCGGGAAAACAAAAGAAAACACCAUGCUGUAUACAGUGAUCAUAACAAGAAAGAAACAAAGGAACGGAGGUGAUUAUUGUUUUCAGUCUACAGAGAUUCAUAAUAAAUGUGACUUAUUUGAUUAUUUUCAAGUGGAGAAAGUUGAAAAAAAAAUUUUUAUUUAAAAUAAGAUUUCUUAGAAUAAAUGCAAACAUGACUAAUCGAACUACAAACUUCAAGUAUGAGAAAGAUAAUAUCAUUGAAGGAAGGACCAUUAAACGAUUACUUCGAAGCUCUUCAGAAGCUGACAAAAAGGCAUUGCUGCAAAAUGACUUGGUCACCCAAAGAGAACCUGAUGUACAGAGUUUGCCACCGAUAGUUUUUACAGGCAAAAUAUAUUUCGUUACUAGUUUUGAAGAUUGUGCAAUGAUCUGUGCUCAAGUUAUCGAACGAAUUGAAAAACAUACACGUGGUGAAUAUCCAAUAGGGUUUGAUUUGGAGUGGCCUUUCAGUUAUCAGACUGGUGCAGGAAAAACAGCAUUAGCACAACUUUGUGUAUCUGAACAUACUUGUCAUUUAUUGCAUCUUUAUAAUUUAACCAAGCUACCGCAAUCAUUUAUCAAUUUAUUAAAACAUCCAAGAAUAAGAAUUGUUGGAGUAAAUAUAAAAAAUGAUAUUUGGAAAUUGGGUAGAGAUUUUCCAGAAUUUCCAGCACAAAGAGUUGUAAAAAAUAAUUGCAUUGAAUGUGGAGUACUAGCUAAUCAAGUAUAUAAUCGAUCUUGUAGAUGGAGUCUACAAAGAUUAACUGCUUUUAUUCUUCACAGAAAAAUAAAUAAAGAUAAAGAGGUGAGAGUUAGCAAAUGGCAUAUAUUGCCGUUAAGUACAAAUCAAAAGAAAUAUGCAGCAACUGAUGCUUAUGUUUCAUUGCUUGUAUAUCUAACAAUUAAGAAAAAAGCUGAUGAAAUAAGGCUAGAAAAAGAAAAAAAUGGUCGUGAGAAACUGAUUACUUUAGUCACUCAAACUGAAGCGUUAAAAAUUAUGCAAAGUCAAUAAUUAAUAAUGAACUCGACUACAUCAAUGCAUG